UGUCAGCGUCCAUGGACACAUUGUCCAUUGUCGGACGUUUAACAAAACACGAUGUUUCUUCGUGUAUCGAAGCAUUUAAAGCCCCAUUGGAAUAACCAUUUCUCACUGCAAGCAUGUUUUUACAGCGAUAAUAAAGUAAAGAAAAGUAAAUCUCCUGGAGGGAAGUACAAAGAUACCAUUAAUCUCCCCAAGACCGAAUUUGUUCUAAGUCUGAAAAGGCAAAAGAAUGAAGACAUUGUCAAAAAGAGACAGGAACUUAGUGACCUGUAUAAGUGGCAGCAACAUGAAGACAGACAGAAACAGUUCGUUCUCCAUGAUGGUCCACCUUAUGCAAAUGGCAGGUUACAUGUUGGCCAUGCCAUUAAUAAGGUCCUGAAAGACAUUAUCAAUCGUUACUAUUUACUCCGAGGACACAAAAUCCAUUAUGUACCAGGCUGGGACUGUCAUGGCUUACCAAUAGAACUCAAAGCUUUGACUAAAAACAAGAAACAGAAAUUGACAGAUGUCUCCAUCAGAGCUAUGUCUAAGACCUUUGCAGAAGACUCUUUGCGGGUACAGAAGGAGGGGUUUCAGGACUACGGGGUGAUGGCUGAUUGGGAGGGACAGGUUUACACAACCAUGGACCCCCAGUAUGAAGCCAGACAGCUGGAUGUUUUCUACAAGAUGUUUGAGAAGGAACUUGUAUAUCAAGGGUACAUGCCUGUUUAUUGGUCCCCAUCAUCCAAGACAGCUUUAGCAGAAGCAGAACUAGAGUAUAACUCUGAGUUCAUUAGUAAAGCUGUGUAUGUUAAAUUUCCAAUGAUUGUGGAUUCUCUAAGCAGAUUUUCUUCCUUGAAAGAUAAGACCAAGAUAUUUGCUUUGAUUUGGACCACAACACCUUGGACUUUGCCGGCCAAUGAAGCCAUUUGUUACGGAGCUGAUUUAAUAUAUUGUUUAAUUCAAGAUCCUAGUAAUAAUGAGGUUUACAUCUGUGAAAAAGGAUUUGUGGACCAACUUCAUUCUUUAUUAAAUAAAAAGUUAAACAUUAUCUCAGAGUUUAAAGGUACUGAUAUGAAAGAAUUUAAAUAUAUUAAUCCUCUAAAAGAAAUCAUGAAUCCAACUUAUGAUGCAAGAGAAUUACCUUUCUUGGAGGGUGGUCAUGUGACUGCUGAUGUAGGCACCGGAUUGGUUCAUACAGCCCCAGCUCAUGGCCACGAGGAUUUCCAGAAAGGUCUGGAGUAUGGACUUCCUGUGGACACUUUGGUUGAUGAAGCUGGGAGGUAUACCUCAGAAACAGGGCCACAAUUAGAGGGGAAGAGGAUUCAUAUUGAUGCAGAGGAAACAGUUAUAUCGUUACUAAAGGAUUAUAUUCUUUUCCGAGAGGAUUAUAAACACAGUUAUCCCAUUGACUGGAGAACUAAGAAACCAGUCAUCUUACGAGCAAGCAAACAGUGGUUCAUAGAUACCAGCAAACUUCAGGACCAAGCCUUGGAAUGUAUGAGAGAUGUUGAAGUUUAUCCUGACUCCCUACGACAAAACAUGGACACACAGCUUAAGAGGCGGUACUGGUGUAUUUCCCGACAGCGAGUCUGGGGCGUCCCCAUUCCCGUGUUCUACCAUCGAGACACGGACCAAAUCCUAAUAAACAGGUCAGUAACACAUCAUAGAUUAGAUUUUUAAUAUAUACUAUAACUAAUAUCCAAGCAUGGCUCGGACUGCUGGUGGAAUAUGAGUAUAGAAGAACUUUUACCAGAGGAAUUACUCUCCAAGAAUGGCCUAGGGAGUGCUGCGUCUUAUCAGAGAGGAAGUGACAUCAUUGACAUCUGGUUUGACAGCGGAACAUCCUGGGCCUCUGUCCUCCCUGGAGACAGGGUAGCUGAUGUGUAUCUGGAGGGCCUGGAUCAGUUCCGCGGAUGGUUCCAGUCCUCUCUCCUCACCAGUGUGGCCUACAGAGGGAGGGCUCCAUUUAAGAAGUUGGUGGUCCAUGGUUUUGCUGUAGAUGAAGAGGGACACAAGAUGGCGAAGUCAGUUGGGAAUGUGGUAGAUCCAGGGGCGAUAAUCAAAGGAGUCAGUAAGACUACAGGGAUCCCGUAUGGACUUGAUGUUCUGAGACUGUGGGUGGCCAACUCUGGUCUCCAGACAAAGGUAGCCAUUGGCACCAACAUACUGGACAUCCACCAGCAGGAACUCUUCCAGAUUCGUAAGAUGUUACGGCAUCUACUGGGCAGUCUACACAGCUUUGAUUCCAGCACACACAGUAUAAAAUACAAUGAUCUACUCCCUCAGGAUCAGUAUAUGCUUUCUCUGCUGUACACUUAUGGAUCUCAGGUCACAUCCAUGUAUGAUGAAUUUAAAUUUGGGAGAGUACUGGUACUUCUACAAAAAAUUCUUAGUGACCUCUCCAAAGUUUAUAUCACCAUUACCAAAGACAGGUUAUACUGUGAUGAUGAAUGGGAAAUUAGACACCAGUCUUGUCAGUACGUGCUAUAUCAUACACUGGAGACUCUAACCAAGUCUAUUGCACCUAUCCUUCCUUCAUUAGCUGAAGAGGUCUAUAAAUUUCAUCCAGAAGAAAAAACGGUUCCAUUGUUUCACACCCAGUGGUACACCUUGCAGCCAGACUGGAAUAAUCCCGCUGUAGAGCAGUUGAUUUCUAAUGCCCUUGUGAUUCGAGAUCACAUAAAUGAGAACCUGGUGUCUGAACCUCCUGGAAAUUAUGAUGUCCUUGUGGUGGCUGAAAAUCCUUUGUAUACAGAAUUACAGAAACUUCAGCAGAUUGAGACAUCCACUGAUUCCCCCCUCUGUGAAAUACUACAGACAGCAGUAACAAGACUGAUCUGUUCCCCAUCAGAACAGAUAAAGUCUACAACCAAACCAAGAGUUGUACACAGUGAUCUUUCAGACUCUCAGGAGGAAGCCAGAGUUAUACACGGUGAUAUUUCAGACUCUCAGAGUUCUCAGGAGGAAGCCAGAGUUAUACAUGGUGUGCAUUCAGAUUCUAAGUGUUCAUUUAAAGUAGUGUUAACAAAGGCCCGUUAUUCUAGGUGCGAGCGUUGUCGGAGAAAUACUGCAGACAAUAAUGAACUGUGUGAGAGGUGUUCUAAUGUAUUGUCAAUGCAGUAUGACAGUCUUAAAAGUGUAAAAUAAGGAAAAUGACAUCAGUUUAUCAUAUUUCAUUUAUUUUUAUUCAGUAACUGAACAGAAAAAUAAUUGCUUAUACAUGUAACUUAUUUUAAAUAAAAACGACUUGUUGCUUUCAU